UGAAGUAUCGUACGAGUAUAAAAGAAAACAUAUAACAUAUCAGAUUAUGGAAGAAUGUCUUUAAAUAUGUUAUCUGUCUUAUCUUCAAAAAUACAUUUCUUCAGAAAUUUAAUCAGUCGUCAAUGGUUACUUCAGCCCUAUCACUGCACUCCUCUUCUAAGAUGUUCAACCUCUAUAACAAGAACAAAAAAAAGCGUAUAUCCUCGUGUGUAUAAAGUACGUUUACAACAGGCAGAUGGAUCAAGCUACACCAUACGUUAUCAUGAACCUCGUGAACUCAUAAGAUUGCCGGUAGAUCCAAAUAAUCUCACAGAAGAGGAGAAACAAGCAAGGCUGAAUCGUUUGAAACCAGAGAAAGAAAUCGAAGUUCAUGAAUUCGAUGAUGAAGAAACGGAAAUUAUUCAAAGAUCUUGGAAAGACUUUGUAGCGUCAAGAUAGCAUACGUUAAGGACAACAUAAUGUAUAAUGUUGGAUCAUGUUCAGAAGCUACGCCUACCGUCCUGAACAUAAUUAAGAUUUUCACUAUCUCUAUCGUCUUCAGGAGUCAAAAGACGUACUUACGAAGUAUUGAUUUGUAUUAUAUUCUCUAUCGAUAUCUCAGAGGGUGGCCAAUAUUGUGGCGGAAAAAACGUCAGGAUUAAACGAAUAAUCUACACUCAAAAAUACAUUAACUUUUUUACACCCUCUUGAGACGGUUAGCUUAAAACAAAACGAUUGUGUAAUCUUCAGUCUUGGUUGGUGCAUGUUACUAGAUAACGUACUACGUUUAGGGAAACGAAGUAAAAGCCUUCUCCUGGCAGUUGUAUUGUUCAAGUUUACUUAAUUCUGGAUAUACGGAUUGCGAUUAACUAAAACUGUUGCACUUUGGUAUUCAUAGAUAUAACUUCAACACGGUCGCUAAGUGUUUAUGCUGAGCUUUUUUCACAUCACCUCGCAGGUAGGUGCAUGGUAAUGCUUCGAACUUAUACCUGGGCCAUGAGUGAAAUGGCUCUGCAUAUGAGAUUGAAGUUGCUUU